CCACAGUUGAUUCAAUUGUCAUCAUCAGUGUCUUACGUGAAAUUUAGCGUGUACAAUUGAAGCACGUUGCAAUUUUGACAGUUUUCCCCAGUCAUCUGUUUUCGCCUUUUUGGCUACGUUUACCAUCUGCGAAAAAAAUGUCGGAACUGACGGAGCGCAUCCUUCUGUACAUCGAACAGCACGGCGAUGUAGAUACGUUAGAUUUGGUGCCAAUCUUCGGUGAAGAUCAUCAGAAAAUCAUCGGCGGUGUGAAAAGUAUCGAAUCGACGUCUGCGGAAUUGAUCAACACCACGCCUGCUACCAGAAAAACGUGGGAACUGACCGAAGAAGGUCGACAAAUCCUGGCUAAUGGCAGCCAUGAAGCGACUGUUUUCAAUGCUGUACCGGAAGCUGGAAUUUCGCAAGCCGAUUUAAUGAAAAUUUCUCCAAAUGCCAAGGUUGGUUUCAGCAAAGCCAUGUCCAACGGGUGGAUCCUGAUGGACAAAUCUGGAGGGGCACCCGUGAUUAAACGAAAAGUAGCGGACAUCGUGGAUACCGUGAAAACCCAUUUGGAAGCUAUAGCCAGUGGUAAAUCCGACGUCGUUCCGGAUAAUGUUAAGAAUGAGUACAAAAAACGUAAAAUCUUAGUAGAAUCGGUUACAAAAAGCUUCGUUCUGUCAAAGGGGCCAGAGUUUUCGACGAGCCUGAAAAAACUGGAAACUGACCUCACGGUUGAAAUGCUUGCCUCUGGGAUUUGGAAAGAUCUCAAGUUCAAGCCAUAUAAUUUCGAUGCCUUGGGAGUUCCCCCGGAACGGGGACAGUUGCAUCCGCUAAUGAAGGUUCGAUCUGAAUUCCGUCAAAUAUUUUUAGAAAUGGGAUUUUCCGAAAUGCCAACGAACAAUUUUGUUGAGUCCUGUUUUUGGAAUUUCGAUGCACUGUUUGUUCCACAGCAACACCCGGCUCGUGACCAGCAGGACACCUUCUUUGUAUCGCAUCCGCAGUUGAGUAACAAGUUUCCGGUUGCGCUAUUGGAUGCGGUUAAGAAAUCACAUGAAUCUGGAACGGAUGGUUCGAUCGGAUAUCGGUAUGAUUGGAAGUUAGAGGAAGCCCAGAAAAACGUUCUUCGAACGCACACCACCGGAGAUAGUGCUCGGAUGCUGUACAAGAUAGCCCACCAAGCUGGCGGCUUCAAGCCGAUUAAGUAUUUUAGUAUUGAUAAGGUGUUCCGGAAUGAAACGUUGGAUGCGACCCAUCUGGCGGAAUUUCACCAGGUUGAAGGUGUUGUGGCCGACUAUGGAAUAACGCUAGGCGAUCUGAUCGGAACAUUCAACGCGUUCUUCAACAAAUUAGGCAUCACGGAGUUGGAGUAUAAGCCGACCUUCAAUCCGUACACGGAACCGUCGAUGGAGAUUUUCUGCUUCCACCCCGGAUUGCAGCGGUGGAUUGAGGUAGGGAAUUCGGGAGUUUUCCGACCGGAAAUGCUCCGCCCCCUGGGCGUACCUGAAGGAGUCAAUGUCAUUGCCUGGGGACUAUCGCUAGAGAGGCCCACCAUGAUUAAGUACGGUUUAAACAACAUUCGCGAUCUGAUUGGACCUAAGGUGGACCUGAAGAUGGUGCAGGAGGGACCACUUUGUCGGAUGAAUCGUUAGGAUUACAGUUUCUAGCCUUCAAGGCGUCAUGAGCUGUGCGAAAAAAAAUUUCGGAUGACAUCAAGAGGAUGUCUAUGUCGUGAUUAUGUUUAAGAAUUUCUAAUUUUAAUAAUUUUUUGCCGCAUAUUCAGAAGCGAUUGAAAUGAAUACUAAAUAAUCUACAACGGAAA